CUACACGCCGCUUCAUUGGUUUGCAGCUCCUUCAAGCAUGUCAGCGCCGGGGCGGCAAGCAGCGGGAUGACGAAUAGAAGCCGCAGUUAAAAUGGGUUGGAUGAUUUGAAGUCGAGGACUAAUUUUAGUAAAGUGGGAAUUAGCACCUUACUACACCGCAAACAUCGCUGGUGCGAUAGGUGUAUGUGCAAUGUUGAGCUAUUUAAUCCUGUGAUAAGUGUAGGCUAUGGGUUAAAGUUUCUAAGUGUUCAGCUGGUAGAUCCUAUAGGCCUACCUGAGGGCUUCUUCGACACACCUUCGUUGGACCAUUUUGAGGAGACCGAUUAAGGCUAAUAAUGUUCGAAGCCGGAGGAAUUUCUGUUGUCCUGCUUGACUUGACCUGCAUCGUACUUGCUGCACUCCCAUUCGCUGUGUUAACACCACAACACAAUCCAUUCAAACGAGGAUUCUUCUGCAGUGAUGAGUCGAUUAGAUAUCCCUUCAGAAGUGACACAAUAUCGUAUCAGUUGCUGGCUGGAAUAAUGGUGCCUCUGACCAUUAUUGUCAUUGUCUCUGGUGAAUGCUUGUCCAUAUACUUGAGGCCCAUCAAGUCCAAGCAGUCAUUUGGCAACAGUUAUGGGCCGUGUGUAUAUAAGGCAGUGGCCACUUUCUUAUUUGGAGCUGCUAUUAGCCAGUCUCUGACUGACAUUGCCAAAUACACUGUUGGGAGACUCAGACCCCAUUUCCUUGCCGUUUGUAAGCCUUUGUGGAAUACUGUAGACUGUAAGUCAGGAGGCUACAUCGAAAGCUUCACCUGCACUGGAGACAAGAAUUUGGUGAAUGAGAGUAGGCUUUCAUUUUAUUCAGGCCACUCUUCCUUCUCAAUGUACUGCAUGGUAUUUUUAGCUCUGUACCUACAGGCAAGACUCCAGACAGAAUGGUCCAGGCUUCUCCUGCCCACCGUUCAGUUUUUCCUGGUUGCCUCUUCCCUGUAUGUGGGCUUGUCUCGUGUCUCAGACUACAAGCAUCACUGGAGUGAUGUGCUCACUGGACUCCUUCAGGGUGCUGUGGUGGCACUGCUGAUUGUGGUUUUUGUGUCCGAUUUCUUCAAAAAGCCAGCAGCGUUGGAGCAUGAAGAAGAGAUCUCUCAUACCAGUUUACAGGAUACUGCAUCUAAUGGGAACCACUAUGGCAGCACAGAUUAACAAUGACUGGGGGAGCCCUCACAAACUGCCAAAUCAUAUACACUGAGGUCCUAAUAACUCAUGUGUGUCUCUAUGUGUUGUGAAAUACUGUAUCUCUUUGACCAGACUAUUGCUGCUUUGAGUGUACGUGUGUGUGUGUGUGUGUGUGUGUGUGUGUGUGUGUGUGUGUGUGUGUGUGUGUGUGUGUGUGUGUGUGAAGAGAAAGAGAUUAGGAAAUAUUUUUAAUUUACAUUCUGUUAUCAUUGUUUUAAUGUCUCAUUGAACUGAACCAGUAAAUGUGUUUAAGGCUCAUAUGAGGACAUGAGUUAAAGUAGCUUUAUAAAAACAAGUGUUGACUAUAAAUAGAAUAAUGUUCACAAAGCGUGUGCAUUAUUGGUUUUGCUAAUUUUCUGAUGCAGUGCAAUUGAAAACAUCCAUGCCAAUAAACACCAUACACAUAUUUGUUUUGAAAAUAAUCAGUGUUAUCCAUUUUGUCCCAGGUAGUUUUGUUGCUGAUCAAUAAAAAUGUUACCUUCUUUUUAUAUAUAUCUUCGGGGUGUUCUACUCUUGUGGGAUGUAUUCUUGAUAUAAAAUGUGUUUUUAUUUAAUUUGUUUGAUCAAAAGC